GAGACGGGCAUCCACCAUCGCACGAAUUUGUUGAAAGCCGCGAGCUUCGCUGAGCGUGCACCGAGACACGAGGCUGGUGCAUGGCGCGGGGGCGCCGUGCCACCCUGGGGCGCCAGCGCGGGCAACGGUCGGUGCUGUGACGGCGAUGGCAGCGUCCCCAAAGAGCAAGCAGGGGAGCGAGGGCCCAGAGAGGUUGGGUCUCGCCACCGUCGAAGCCCUCGGAAUCCUCAAGCAGCAGCUGGAAAAGGUCCUCGCCGACCACCAGCAGCAGCAGGAGGACCGACCUCGCUCGCUGGCAUGGCAGAGGAGUUUCCUGCACCACGGAAACCGCUGGUCAUGCUUCCAUCUGCUCGGCGCUCUACUCAUGCUGCUGGCGGGCAUGCUGCUUCUCUGCUGCCAUGGGGGACAGCCCAAGGGCAGCGAGGGUGCGGAGCUGGUGAAUGGCCUGGCGUUGCUGGCGCUGUUGGGAGUCAACCUCUACGUGAUGGGGCGGCAGGCGCGGCUCAAGGACACGGAGAUCCCACGCCGACUGCGCUCGCUGCUCGACGGCAUUGGCGACACGCUGCGUGAGUGCGGCGAUGGCCGCACGACCCCCUGGGAGAAGUUGGCCUACCCGGACCUGCUGAUGCCGCACUCGAAAGCCAUCGCACUGCAGUGGGCGUACCGUGACGGCGCGCUCAUCAACCUCCCGCUCAGCCUCCUCGUCGAGGGCGACGUCAUCUCGCUGCGGCCCGGCCAGGACGCCCCCGUGCACCUGCGCGGAAUCAAGGACGAGGAGCACCUGCUGCUGGCGCCGGGCGACCUCUUCCUGCGACCCUCGCCGCUGGCGUCGCCCGUGCCCUGCGACCGCGGCCGCCCCCACGCGCCGCAGAAACCGCGGCAGUUCCGUGUGACGCGCACGCCCGUGCUGGAGAGCGUCAGGAAGUGUCUGGAGGGUGGCACGGGCCGCCCCGUCAGCGUGCUGGACAACGAGUGCUUCGCCGCGCGCACGCUGCUCCACCGAUUCGUCGUGCCCGCCACGCUGCUUCUCCUGCUGGUCACCAACGCUCUGCGGUUUAUCCUGAAGGCGCCCGGCAUUGGAAGUCCUGUCUACACGUUCAUACAACUGCAGGUGAACGGCGUCCUGCCGUUGUUGCCGCUCAUCUUCCCGGGGCUCUGGGUGCUGGUGAACGCGUACGGAGAGGCCAAGGUGCUCGCACAGUUCAGCAAGGCGCCCCCCACGCCCUUGCUCGCUAAAUUCUCUGAGGACACUAUAAGCAGCUACACUGAAGUGGUGUCCUCUAAGGAAAUGUGCCUGUGCGAGUGGAGCCAUUUCAUCCGCGUCCUCCGCGGACGCUCGCCGGCGCUGUGCCAGACCGGCAGCCUCCUGCACAACCUGGGCUCCGUCACGGUUCUGUGCUGCGUGGACAAGCAGGGCGUCCUCUCCUGGGCGAACCCUAGCCCCGAGAAGGUGGUGUUCUUCAGCAGCCAGCCCGGCCCAGAGCCCGGCUACGACGACGACGACGACGACGACGACGGAGAAGAAAAGGACGACGAAGAUGAAGACGAGGAAAUGGGAGAGGAGGAGCGCGGGGACGAGGUGGACGGGGUGGACGAGGUGGAGGAGGUGGACGAGGUGGCGGACGCCCGGAGGAGGAAGGCGGGCAGAACGUCGGUGUCGGGGUCGUCGAGCGCCGUGCGGCUCCUGGAGGCCGAGUGGACUGAGUUACGCGAGACACAGUCCCUCCUCCCGCCGAACGCCGACAUCGAGCGCGGCCCGGACCAACCUCCCCGCCCGCUCGAAGGAGGUCGAAGGUCAAGUGCCGCCCCUAGUGCCGCCGCCGCCACCGCCACCAGCGGUGCCAACGCCGCCACCUUCGCCGUCGGCUCGAGCCCUCGGUGCUGCCCGCCAGCGACCCCCGCGGCCAAACCGGCGGGGGCGUCCGUCGUCAGCUUCUGCCAGUGCGUGGAGGGCGGCGCCGGCGAGCCGGAGAAGGAGCGGCGCAGGGACGGCCUCGAGGUGGAGGCCAUCGCCGAGCUGGCGGAAGAAGAGGAGGAGGAGGAGGAAGCGGCGACGGCGACGGGGGCGAAACGCCAUGGCGACGGCGGGGACGACGUGGACGGGGAGACGGACGACUUCGUGUGCGACUACCGCCUGGAGGUGCUGAGCCUGUCGCAGGACCAGCAGAACCCAGCGAGCGUCCAGUUCGACGACGCGCGCUGGCCGCUGCACGCCACCUCGCUCAAGCCGCUGGGCCUCAACGUGCUGCUCACGGCGUGCAACGCGCCGCUCGCCCCGCGCACACUGCGCCUGUGCGACCACCUGGCGCAGGCGGCUCGCGCCGGCAGGGCCGCCUCAUCCUGCCUGCCCACGCGGCCGCCCUGGGGGCUCUGCGAGCUGCCUCGCAUCAUAGGCUUCACGCCCGGAGCCAAGGACGUGUUCUCGGUCGAGAGCUACCUGGCGCUCUUCCAGCUGCCGAGCGGCGAGCACCUCCCCUCGGGGCGCGACCGCGCGCGCCGCCUCUCCGCCGUCGUCAAGCGCCGCCUCCCGAUCGGACACCUCGUCUCUCUCCUCGUCAAGGACCUCAAUUCUGGAGACCUGCAGCUGCUGUCCCACGGCACGGCCGACGUGGUGCUGGAUGCCUGCACAGACUUCUGGGAUGGGUUCGACAUCUACCCGCUGUCUGCCUCCGACAGGAAGAAAGUCCUCGACUUCUACCAGCGCACCUGCCUCUCGGGAUACUGCGUCGCCUUCGCCUACAAGCCCAUGCACGGGCCGCUCGCGCCCGAGCUGGACAGGCGCUGCGUCGAACUUCCCCCGGGUCACGACCCCUUCGGGGCCAUCGCGGCCUCCGCCAACGCCUCCACCACCGUGGCCGCCCUCUCGGCCCCCGGCGGGCCGGCCGAGAACCUGGGGGGCAGUCGCCACGCCGACACCCCCGGCCACACGCCCGUCAAGACGAGCGGCGCUCGCAAGAACAGCUGGAGCUCGGACGAGGGCAUAGGCGAGGGCGCGGAGAGAGGCGAGGGCGUGCAGGCGCUGUCGGGGCAGAUCUUCAUGGGGCUCGUGUCGGCGCAGUACCAGGCGCGCCUCGACAUCGUGCGCCUCAUCGACGGCCUGGACAGCGCCUGCAUCCGCUUCGUCUACUUCUCCAUGGAGGACGAACUCCGCAGCAAGGUGUUUGCGGAGAAGAUGGGCCUGGAGUCGGGCUGGAACUGCCACAUCUCACUGCAGUCCAGCGGCUACGACCUGGGCACGGACGCGCCCCCGCACAGCCCCAGCCAGGCCAGCUCGCUGCACGACCACGCUCAGCAAGAAAGGGAGGUGCAGAUGUUGCUGGAGGAGGAGACGCACUCGGACGUCGUGAGCUACCCUCCCACAGACAGCGACGCGCCCAGCAUCCUCGAGUACUCCAACCGGGCGAAACUUCCUCGCGGCAUCGAGAACGUGCGGCCGCACCUGGAGAAUAUCGACAACGUCCCGCUCCUCGUUCCGCUCUUCACAGACUGCACGCCCGACACGAUGUGCGAGAUGGUGGCGGUGAUGCAGGAGCACGGCGAGGUCGUCUGCUGCCUCGGCAGCUCCGCCAACGUUCGCAACGGGCGCGUGUUCCUGCAGAGCAACGUCAGCAUCGCGGUGGACCCUCUGUACCCGUCACGGUGCACGUGGGAGCGGUUCGGCUUCGCGCCAAGCGGCAUGCCGGCGGACACGGAGGCGCAGGGCGGGGGGCCACUGCGCCUGUCGGGGCAGCUCAACGGGCUGCCCUGCUCCGUGGCCUUCCACCACGAGGAGAACCUCAGCAUCAUCAAGCUCAUCAAGCAGGCGAGGCACACCAUCAACGGCAUGCGCAAGUGCUUCCUCUUCUUGCUGCAGUGUCAGCUGUCCCUGGUGCUGCUGCAGGUCGUGAGUUGCCUAGUCCAACUGCCGCCACCACUCAGCACGACCGACGUCCUGUGGAUGUCGUGUGUGUCGCACCCGCUCAUCAGCGUGUCGCUCCUCGGCAAGCAGCCGGACAACUCCGUCAUGACGAUCGCCACCGGCAAGAAUCUUAUGGUGCUGCCGCGCAGGACCGUGCACUACUACGUGCUCUGCUUCCUGGGCAAGUUCCUCCCGUCCGUGUGCAUUUACCUGUGCUGCUUCGCGCUCACGCUCAACGGCUUCUGCCGGGCGGGCAGCAAGAGCGUGGGAAACCACAACGCCACGCACUGCGACUCCUACCCCUUCAGCCAGUUUGAUGGCACGCUGUGGUUCGGGGAUUACUCCAACGCUCUGCUCCUGGCGCAGAAAAUCACCGCCGGCUUCCUGCUCCUCAACAGCCUGUGCGUCCUGGUGACCCACGUGCAUCGCACCCAGCCGCUCUGGAGGCACAGCCCCUUCACCAACACGUGGUGGACAGCAAUGGUGCCCUUACUGUUGGCGCUGCAAGCGGUGCAGGCGGCGGUGGACGUGCAGCUGUGGCGGAACGGGGAGAGCCUCGUGGCGGUGUGGCUGGCCGACGUUCCCGUCGUCACGUGGCUGCUGGGCUUCCUGUGGCUCAUUCCGCUCGUCGUGGUCAACGAGCUCAUCAAGCUGCAUGAGAUCCGGAUGCGCGUGCGCUACCAGAAGCGGCAGAAGCUGCAGUUCGAGACCAAGUUGGGCAUGAACUCUCCCUUCUAAGCGCUGGCCAGGCGGCGCCGGUCGCCCGUCUGCGCCGCCCACCGCUCUGCUGAGCUCAUGGCGAGAGACGCGCUGUUCACCGCACUGUUCACCGCACUGUUCACCGCGACGUUCACCGCGACGUUCACCGAGCUGUUCACUGCGCUGUUCACCGCGACGUUCACCGCGACGUUCACCGCGACGUUCACCGCCGUGCUGUUCACCCCAACCCCCCCCCCCCGUUGUCCCGGACAUGACAAAAUCGACGGGCACCACGCCGCCAAACUUUGCCGGCGAGCACCUCCCUCUCUUCCUCAUCCUUGUUUUUCCCUGUUAGCGCGUUGUCUCAAACUGCAACGGAGGGGAAUCGGCGAUGAAAACCCAAUACCUCUUUAUUCUAGUUCGCUCUUUGCAACUGAGCCACGCCCGGGGGCCAUGCUGAGCGAACCCGGCACGGCUCGGCAUAGCGCAACGUACGAGCCGAGAUGUAAGCUUGUGCAUUGAACUACUUGCCGUACGUAGCCAACCGUGAUAAUCGGAGGUACGGGGGAAGGACAAUAAACUAACACACAAAAAGCAGCUCUAAAGAAAUUAGUUUUCAAUCGAGAUGGUUUAAAGAGACGACGCGACGUGACGAACGCGUCGUUAACCCCUUUGCCCCUGGCCCUGCUUGGCCCCCCGAGCCAGAUUCAGAUGCUGUCGCGAGGGCCCGCGUAUCACGGUUUGGUUCUGGCUCGGCACGGCAUAGUGCCGGCGGCGGCGAAGCCACCCGUAACGUGUGCCGCGCGGUGCCCUGCCACGCUGCCCUGGCUCGAAUGCGCCAGUAGGAACAAAUGGGUAUUGAGAGAAGGAUGAGUUUCGAUUUAAAGCUUUCGUGACUGCAGGGAUUCAUCUUCUUGGUUCUUUCGGUAAAGUCACGUAGAAGGAAAAUGAUAAAAAUAAAACAUAAUAAAGAAUUCUCACGACGUUUCUGACACAACGCAAGCAGCCGUCUUCAGGUAGAGAACAGAUCUGUCGAGAAGGCAGACGGCUGCUUGCGUUGUGGCCGAAACGUCGUGAGAAUUAUUUUAUUCUGUUUUAUUUUUAUUAUUUUCCUUCUACGUGACUUUACCAAAAGAACCAAGAAGAAGGAUGAGUAUUAACGAGGACUGGGGAACAAAGGUGAGUUACUUCACUUCGGAAGGAACUGGCGACCGGUUUGGGACCCGGCGUGUUUGAGCCUCGAUUUCCGCGGCGGAAUUGGCACCCUCGUCGCCGCCGCCGCUUCUCGCACUCGACGGCGGGAAGUUGUCAGCGGUUGUGCGGAGACUGAAUUCCCGCAUGGGAUUGUGGGAAAUUUACCACUGGCUCAGGAAAGGCCUUGGGAGAUAAGAGCACCGCCCUUUCUACUUGUGCUCGGUUAACCACUGGGAGGCUUUCACUCCGGAUGUAGUUAUUACGUCACGCGUGUGUGUGCGUUUUGGAUACUCGUACGCGCCGUUUGUGCGCACGUUAUUCUAUGAGCUAUAUAUCAAUAACUUGCCUUGCUGCAGUUUGGCCAGGUUAUAGGGAUGGCUUCCCUACUCAGUGUAUGCAGUGUUCCGUCAGAUUAGCAUAUUCAUUGACAGGUUCAUAUACACAAGAGGACAGGUAGGUGCUCUUACUGAAAUUUGAGUCAAGUAAUUUAUUAUCCAGUUCAGUCGUCGUCAUCAUUAGCCGUGAACAAUCCACUGCUGGAUGAAGGCCUCCCCAAGUCACUGGCGCCUCGUGAUCCUGCAAUGUAACACUUUCGCCUGGCUCCUCCACACGAGCUGAAUUCACCGCCCCAUCUCCAUGGUGCUCCACCUUUAAAACAAAUCUCCCUUUUGCGCCGCCAGUGACACCUUCACUUUUAAAUAUGCAAUCAAACGAAAACGGUCUUGAUUGAUUUCAUGAAUCCAUUUGAUUUUCGAUGCUACCAUCAGUCGUGCCAAAUGUUUAUUCUGUUUUAUAUCUGCUUUGGUUUUCAUUCUUUAAUUCUAUCUCUUGACCUGGCUUUUGGAUGCACUUCUCAGACUUUUCACCUUGGCCAAACUGCACAGCCCAGAGAUGGGCCCUCAUUCCGCACACGGGCCAAACAGAAUGUGUUUGGUACAACGAUCAGAGCGUUGGCCUCAUUUUCUCACGUUCAAAGGUCGGUCCUGAAAAUAGGGAACGUGACCACAACGUCCGUCCAGCAAUCGGAUGCCGUUGCGUGCAACUUGCAACCAGUUUCCUACCUUCAAAACCAGUCGAGCGUCGUUUUGGUUACGUCGAAAAAUAAUGGGGGAGGAGGGAACGGUGGGUGGGGUUGCGGUUGUUUUUACGUUUAUUUAUGAAAUAUUUGCUGUGUGUUGCAUCAAUACUCACGUAAUAGCGGAGGGCGGCCUCCACACGUGGCAACUCCAGGGUUGGUGCUACAAACGCCACUUACGGGUUUUCCAGUUCCAGCCAACACUCGCAGUUGGUAUAGUUAUUCACGAUAAUGUAGAGACAAAACGCAUAAUAAUAAUACUGAUGUUCUAUGGGUGCUGAGCAGAUGAACAGUUUCCAGACGAGCUCUCCAUGGUUCGCGACGUGGCUGACAGACGGCAGUACGGCAAUACAUUCAUGAAUCUAUCUGAUCGGAGGUUUGGAGCAUCGCCACUUUUUCAUAUGCGUGGGUAUCCUCCUCCCGCACGCCACGCAAUUGUUAAUGAAAUUAGCCAAGCGUCCUCAACGUAGCAGGACCCACCUGCAAAAGAAUAUUGUGACUCGGUGAGGCUUCUUUUCUGCGUAAAGGACUUUAGUAUGAUUACUAUUAUUGCAUCAGCGCUGCCAUCUGGUAGAGGGAGCCCUAACGAAGUCACAGCUAUUGCAUUACGAUUGCACUCCUCGGAUAAACCAAUCUCUUGAAACCGAGAACACCUGGAGCGGAGUUUGUAGCCUGCCCCCAAACCCGGUCACAGACCACUCAACUCGCGCACCUCGGCCGAGCAACACACUUCGGAAUAGUUGUUGUUGGUUGUUAUUGCCAUAGAAAUAACGAUGACUGGAUUUUCCGAAACCCGGUUUGCCAUGGCAGUGCCACUACGCUAUUGGCUGCGGCGCAGACGGGCGGGCCUCCGAUGUUUGGGGAUCAGUUCGAGACGGUGUCGUUGCUUCAUUGAGGGACAUUUACUGUGGCCGAAAUCUCAAAGUUGUCAAGUUUUACGUUUGUCGUCGAAAAACUAAAAUGUGCAUUUUUAAAAGCGUCUCCAUGUUUUAGUUGCAUAUUUAAAAUGUGUGUGUUUUAACUGUGCCUAAUAGAUCAGGGAUGAGUUUCAGUAAAAAAAAAUGUAUUUUGAAUUGUGUCGUAACUUCGACCGACGACGUGUGUUUGUGCUAACAAAAGUGACGUGGUUACCUGAUGCCACGUGACCUAACUUGUGUGGUGGGGGAAAUUUCGGAAGUGAUGCGAUUCGAGUGACGCCAUUUGCCGUGAUGUCACGUGGAAAACGAGAGAUCAUUAUUGACACGUGGUUUUUUUUUGUCUUUUUUUUCCCACCCGGAUCGUUUGAAUUUCGUAUACUUCGGAUUAAUCGGAAAAUUGUUAACGCAUGCAUCCCCUACAAUGGAUGCUCUUUCUCGAAUGUAAAGGAACUUGUUUGUUCUUGAUUUGAAGCUUUUUGUUUAUGCUACCUGCCAUUGUCUGCAUCAGAUGCACUAUGAAGACAUCGCCCCCCCCCAAGUUGUUGACUGCUGCGAUGGUUUCACGACGCAGCCUCGCGACUCACAUUUGUUGCACUUUCUAGGGUUAGGUUUUCCUCGAGUAAAGUUAAACCAAAAAAACAAACAAACAAAAAUAUAAAAAUGAGUCGAUCAAAAUUGCUGCGUGGUGCCGACAGGAUUUCGCGGUCACCUGUGCAGAUGCGCGAGUGUUCGCCACGACAUCUCUCGCGUAUUUUCGAGUUGUUCCCCAAAUGCGAAAUGAUCGGGCGUCGUGUUGAACAACGAUGCGGCACAUCGGGGCUCGUCCAUAAAUGACGUCACGCACCAGGGGGGGGGGGGUCAGACAUUUGUGACGAUGUGAGGGGGGGAGGGUUUGAGAAAUGUGACGUCACAUCAAAAUGCGCAACUUAAAAUAAAUAUAGACAACACGUUUUACGUAAUUAGACUUUUUUUAUCAAUGUUUUCUCCUACAACAUCAGUGCAGCGCCACAUUAAAUACGCACUACAAUGACAAUAGUUUAAAGCGAUUUGAA